CGCUCAAUAUGAAAAAAAAGUGGCCAUGUGUUUUGUGCGCAAACACAGGAUUACCGUCAUGAAUAUCUUCGCUUCGCUGCAUUUUCUACUUUUUGCUGUUCUCUGCGAAUCGUCCACACCAGAAGCAUAUGAUGAACGGUGCAGCAUUACUGCGGAUUUUAUUCUUCCGCUAAACGAAUGCUCUCGUCAGCGAUGGUUCUUUCAUCGAAAUGCCAAAUUGUGUACUCCAAGUUGUAGCGAUGGAGCACCAUUCUCAAGCAAAAUAGAAUGCCAAGGAACAUGUCGAAGUGGUGAUGUUUGCAGUUUCCCGGUGGCAAGCGCCGUGUGCGACCUUCAGGCGUUUCCAGUAUACAUUUACAGCCCGAAGGACGCAAGCUGCUUUCUGACAUACGACUGCACAUACUUCCUGAACAAGUUUCCUACAUUACUAGAGUGCUACCAAACUUGCAAACAGCCACAACAAAACGUCAGAAGCACUAAAAACGAAAAUCGCAGCGAUGACCGCCGUCUGCCAAGCUACACUGAAAUGUUGCAGUUACAGCGAAGUCUAGCAUCGUCAAGGAUACCAACUCUCAAAAUAGCCAUGCCACCUAAGCCGCCAACAAAGGAUAAUAAGUGCAAAAUGAACGCAGUUCCUGUAUCACUAAAUAACUGCCUCUUUAAACGGUGGUACUACGAUGAGUACAAGCGAGCGUGCUUACCCACCUGUUCCAGGGAUGCGCCAUUCAUAAAUAAACUAGCCUGUGAUGGAGUCUGCCGAACUGCUGAAGUUUGCAAAUUCCCGAUGGCAAGCUUUCUGUGCUUCAACGAAGUUCACCCUGUAUUUAUAUAUAAUCAGAACGACCAGUCAUGCUUCAAGUCGUUCAGCUGCUCGUAUUUCGGAAAUAAAUUUCCUACUUUGGACGAGUGUCGACAAACCUGCAAGAAGUGCGCAGAUAAGGAGUCACUGGGCAGUUCUACAGCAAACACCGUUCGGCACUACGGCAAAGCUCUCAAUAUUAGUUCGAGUGGUGCCAAUCGAACCCCCGCAUUGCAUUCUGGUUCGCAAAAUUAUGCAGGAAUGAUGCAGGACAAACAGGCUGUAGUGUACGGGGACAGCAGUGGCCGCUUUCCUGGCUUUUCUAAGACUUCUGUCGCAUUUGCUGGCCGAGAACCAGCUUCGGCUCCUUUCGUGAAUGAAAAUGAUCCAUUGUAUUGAGCGUUGGCAGCAGGAGUGGGACAAUCAUAUGGACAUAAAUUACCAGGGACCCCUCGGAACGACCACGUGUUUUCUCAACAAAUCUGAGAAGAUUCAUCUACCGAGAGUGCAAAUGAACACAAGGAAUGUUUGUAACACUAGGUGUCUUCAAGAAAGAAUGUGCUUCUUGCACAAGAUAUUCCAAGAGGUUCAGAUCCUGUACGUGCGAACAUUACAUGCGGACAUUACAUGCAGCAAAUAUAAACGUAUUUACCAAGCGACAAGGGAAAGGCUAUCUUAGCGAAUGUAUUGGGCCUUGCUUUAGACAUUUGUUUGCAUUUACUGUUUUUACAAGUGGACAAUACACAUUCAAAGUGCAUUUGCUGGUAUUACCAAGAAUUGCAACAUCUCAAUACGUAAGUGAAGUACGGUUGGUAUGAAUAAUAAAUAGCAAUGAUU